GCCCUCGGGAAGGGCGGCGUUGAGAGACACCGGGACCGGGACCGGCAGGGGAACGGACGGAGGGGCCAUGGCGAUCGAGGGGGGGAUGAAAUGUGUGAAGUUCUUGGUUUUCUUCUUCAACUUCAUCUUCUGGGUAUGCGGCGUGGCCCUGAUCGCCAUCGGUACCUACGUGCUGGUGGCCCUGGCUAGGGCUCCGGUGGCCGGAUCCAGCUGGACCCCCAUGGGGGUCGUGGUGCUGGGGGUCGUCGUCUUCUUCACCUCCUUCUUCGGCUGCUGCGGGGCCUGGAAGGAGAGUUACUGCAUGGUCACCACGUUUUCCAUCCUGCUCAGCCUCAUCUUCCUGGGGGAGAUCGCCACUGCCAUCGCCGGCUACGUCUUCAAGGACAAGGCUAACGAGCUGGUGGAGGAGGGGCUCUGGGACGCCAUGAGAAGAUACGAGCAGGACCCAGUGCUGGCCACAGCCCUGGACACCUUCCAGCAGGAGUUUUUCUGCUGUGGAGUGAACAAUUACACGGACUGGGCGAGCAUCGAGCAUUUUGGGGCCAACCACACCGUGCCCAGGUCCUGCUGCCGCGUGGCCACCAACACCUGCAACGUGUGGCCCACCCCGGCCACCGUGUUCGAGAAGGGCUGCCUGCAGAGCCUCAAGGCCUGGGUCAGGAGGAACGUCGUGGUGCUGGCGGCCGUGGCGCUGGGCAUCGCUUUCUUCGAGAUCCUCGGUGUUGUCUUCUCCUGUUGCCUCAUGCGGGGGAUCCGCAGCGGCUACGAGGUCAUGUAGCCCCCCCCCCCCCCCCCCCCCCCCCCCCG